UUCAAUGCACAAGUCCAUAUAAAUUAACAAUCCCCCACUGAAUACAACACCACCGUAUCUCAGCUUCACUCUGUUUCUUUCUUUGUUUCUCUCUCUGAAAGUUGAAACAGAUGGCGGCUUCCCAUAGUUUCAUGGCUUUUGUAGCUAUUAUCCUUGCUGCGGUUAUGCUUCCUAUGAGUGCUAAAGCAUCUGAUGGCAUAGUUUCUGACAAUUUAUGCAAAGAAGUGGAAUGUGGAAAAGGAAAUUGCAGUGUAGCACUUGACAGACCAUUCGGCUUCACAUGCGAAUGUGAAAAUGGUUGGAAGCGUACGCGUCUUGACAGUGAACAGGAUCUUCUGUAUCUUCCCUGCGUUAUUCCUAAUUGUUCUCUUGACUACUCGUGCAUGCCAGCAGCUCCUCCAGCUCCAUCCGUUAUUCCAUUAAAUUCAUCUUUAUUUGAUCCUUGUUAUUGGAUCUAUUGUGGCGGAGGAACAUGCACGAAGAACAGAACAAUGACGCAUACUUGCCAAUGCAACCCUGGUUACUCUAAUCUUCUCAACAUCACUGCCUUCCCCUGCUACAGUGACUGUGCCCUUGGUUCUGACUGUGCAAAGCUUGGAAUUAAGGUUUCAAACUCAACGUCUACGUCUUCAAGCAGUAGCAAUCACGGUUCCUCAUUUCUGCCAGGAACACUCCAUUGGAUAGCUGUCUCUCUCAUGUCCAUCGCGAUGGUUAUGUGGAAGUAGAUCAUUGGCUUUUAGUUCACCGCUCCUCUCACUCCACUUAGGAUUUCAUUAUUCUCUGUAAUAUAUAUCAUUGUUAUACUUUCAUUUUUCUGUCAAAUUUGUCUGUAAAAAUUAAUUUAAAAAAAAAUCAGUUUGUAAUUUUAUAUGAAUAAUAAGUAAUCGCAGAUGUAGGGAGAGGGUAAGAGUAUUGUUUGUCACACAGACUUUGAAUAAUAAAUACGGUGAUUAUAUCACCACUUUUUUUUUUU